AUGCCCACCCCGCAUGAGGCUGAGACACAGCACGCCGGGCCCGAGGAGGCGGACCAGCCGCCUUCCAUGUCCAGUCAUGGUGCUGCGCCCACAGCUGCCACUCCUGCAGCCACCCUUGCUGCCCCCAGCCGCAACCCCUGCUGUUUGUGUUGGUGCUGCUGCUGCAGCUGCUCCUGGAACGAGGAGAGGCGGAGAGCUUGGCGGGCCUCUCGGGAGACCAAGCUGCAGCCCCUCCCCAGCUGUGAAGCAUGCACUGCACCGAGCCCUGAGGAGGUGCGCAGCUGGGCACAGUCCUUUGACAAGCUGAUGCACAGCCCUGCUGGUCGCAACGUGUUCCGUGAGUUCCUGCGUACAGAGUACAGUGAGGAGAACAUGCUAUUCUGGCUUGCCUGCGAGGAGCUCAAGGCCGAGGCCAACCAACAUGUGGUGGACGAGAAGGCACGGCUCAUCUAUGAGGACUAUGUAUCCAUCCUCUCCCCCAAGGAGGUGAGCCUGGAUUCUCGUGUUCGCGAGGGCAUCAACAAGAGGAUGCAGGAGCCAUCUGCACACACUUUCGAUGAUGCCCAGCUGCAGAUCUACACUCUCAUGCACAGAGACUCCUACCCGCGCUUCCUCGGCUCCCCGGCCUACCGUGCUCUGCUGCUCCACGGGCCCACCGCAUCCUGUUCCGAGGCCUGA